GAAGAGCCACGGUCACACUUCAUAGUUUUCUUUUGUCGGGAAUUCGUCGGGUUGCUGGAAUAUAUUGGACGAAUUUAUAUUUAUUUUUAAGCAAUUGAUAUCGGGGACCAGGCUGCCACAAUGGGUUCCCUGUUCCGGAGCGAGGAGAUGGCGCUAUGCCAGCUCUUCCUGCAGAGUGAAGCGGCCUACGCCUGCGUUUCUGAGUUGGGCGAACUGGGAUUGGUCCAGUUCCGAGAUCUCAAUCCUGAUGUGAACGCAUUCCAGAGGAAGUUCGUCAAUGAGGUGCGUCGCUGCGAUGAAAUGGAACGCAAGUUGCGUUACUUGGAGAAGGAGAUCAAGAAGGAUGGCAUUCCCAUGUUGGACACCGGUGAAAGUCCCGAGGCCCCACAGCCCCGUGAGAUGAUUGACUUGGAAGCUACCUUCGAGAAACUGGAGAACGAGCUGAGGGAGGUGAAUCAGAAUGCCGAGGCCCUGAAGCGCAACUUUCUGGAGCUGACAGAGCUGAAGCACAUUCUUCGCAAAACUCAGGUGUUCUUCGACGAGUCGGUGCCCACGGUGUAUAAGUCGAGUGGCGCAUACUCAUCCAGCAAAUAUCGGCGCUAUCUGCAGAUGGCCGACAACCAGAACGAGGACGAGCAGGCGCAGCUGCUGGGCGAGGAGGGUGUCCGGGCCAGCCAGCCGGGACAGAAUUUGAAGCUUGGCUUCGUGGCUGGCGUCAUUCUUAGGGAGCGGCUGCCGGCCUUCGAGCGGAUGCUGUGGCGCGCCUGCAGGGGCAACGUCUUUCUGCGCCAGGCGAUGAUCGAGACGCCGCUGGAGGAUCCCACCAAUGGCGAUCAGGUGCACAAGUCGGUGUUCAUCAUCUUCUUCCAGGGCGACCAGCUGAAGACGCGCGUCAAGAAGAUCUGUGAGGGCUUCCGUGCCACGCUCUAUCCUUGCCCCGAGGCUCCUGCCGACCGCCGCGAGAUGGCAAUGGGUGUAAUGACCCGCAUCGAGGAUCUGAACACCGUGCUCGGCCAGACGCAGGACCAUCGCCAUCGGGUCCUUGUGGCUGCGGCUAAGAACCUGAAGAACUGGUUCGUCAAGGUGCGCAAAAUCAAGGCCAUCUAUCACACGCUGAAUCUCUUCAAUCUGGACGUGACCCAAAAGUGUCUGAUCGCCGAGUGCUGGGUGCCGCUUCUGGACUUCGAAACCAUCCAGCUGGCCUUGCGCCGCGGAACUGAGAGAUCGGGCUCGUCGGUGCCGCCGAUUCUUAACCGGAUGCAGACGUUCGAGAAUCCGCCCACCUACAACCGAACGAACAAGUUCACCAAGGCCUUCCAGGCGCUGAUCGAUGCCUAUGGCGUGGCCAGCUACCGGGAGAUGAAUCCGGCUCCCUACACCAUCAUCACCUUCCCCUUCCUGUUUGCCGUGAUGUUUGGAGAUUUGGGCCAUGGCGCCAUCAUGGCCCUCUUUGGUCUGUGGAUGAUUCGAAAGGAGAAAGGACUGGCGGCUCAGAAAACGGACAACGAGAUCUGGAACAUUUUCUUCGGCGGACGGUACAUCAUAUUCCUCAUGGGCGUCUUCUCCAUGUACACUGGCCUCAUAUACAAUGACAUAUUCUCCAAGUCUCUGAAUAUCUUUGGAUCCCACUGGCACAUGUCGUACAACAAGUCGACGGUGAUGGAUAACAAGUUUCUGCAAUUAAGCCCCAAAGUCGACUACGAGGGAGCUCCGUAUCCGUUUGGCAUGGAUCCCAUUUGGCAAGUGGCUUCGGCCAAUAAGAUCAUCUUCCACAACGCCUAUAAAAUGAAGAUCUCGAUUAUUUUCGGAGUCAUCCACAUGAUCUUCGGCGUGGUGAUGAGCUGGCACAACCACACGUAUUUCCGCAAUAGGAUAUCCCUGAUCUACGAGUUUAUUCCCCAGCUGGUCUUCCUGCUGCUGCUGUUCUUCUACAUGGUAUUGCUAAUGUUCAUCAAGUGGAUUAAGUUCGCGGCCACCAAUGAUAAGCCCUACUCCGAAGCCUGUGCUCCUUCCAUUCUGAUCACCUUUAUUGACAUGGUGUUGUUCAACACGCCCAAGCCACCGCCAGAGAAUUGUGAGACCUACAUGUUCUUUGGCCAACACGUCAUCCAGGUGCUCUUCGUGCUGGUGGCCGUCGGCUGCAUUCCCGUGAUGCUUCUGGCCAAGCCGCUGCUCAUCAUGCAGGCUCGCAAACAAGCUAAUGAAGAGGUUCAGCCCAUUGCCGGGGCCACUUCGGAUGCGGAAACUGGCGGCGUGUCCAAUGGCGGAUCUCAUGGCGGUGGCGGUGGACAUGAGGAGGAAGAAGAGCUUUCGGAGAUCUUCAUUCACCAGAGCAUCCACACCAUCGAGUAUGUGCUGGGUUCAGUUUCUCACACCGCUUCGUAUCUUCGAUUGUGGGCGCUCUCCCUAGCGCACGCCCAGCUAGCUGAGGUGCUAUGGACCAUGGUCCUCUCGAUUGGCCUAAAGCAGGAGGGCCCCGUGGGUGGCAUCGUGUUGACCUGCGUGUUUGCCUUCUGGGCCAUUCUCACAGUUGGCAUUCUGGUGCUCAUGGAGGGCUUGUCCGCCUUCCUGCACACACUGCGUCUUCAUUGGGUUGAGUUCCAGAGCAAGUUUUACAAGGGUCAGGGAUACGCUUUCCAACCCUUCUCGUUCGAUGCCAUCAUAGAAAAUGGAGCAGCCGCCGCUGAGGAGUGAAUGGAGCGAGAUUAGACGAGGGGUUAGGGGAGCUACAACCAAAGCAUGUAGAGAGUCUCAUUGCGUUAUAUGAAAUUAACUAUCCAAUCAAGUGGAAUUUACAAAUUACAGUAACAAAUAAAUAUGUACGCUUUAAUGUUCAAUUGUGAAUUUAUCUAUAUAUAUGUCAUAUAGCCCAUGCAAGAGUUAGAUUGCUAAUAAUAUUAAUGUUCUUUGUAGACGUUCUCGUGUUUAUUAACUAUACUUGUAAAAUCAUAAAUAAAUACCAAAAGCUAUCCCCACUUGGGGUUGGCUAGAAAAA